AAUUAAGAGAAUUUAAUGUAGUUCGACCGUAACUUCCCUCACACUCCAGUACAGUAGGUGGCGGUGUAUGCACCUUGAAAGUUGCGAUCUGCAAACGCAAUCCCAAAGAAGAAGUUACUUCCAGGUAAAGAAGCGUAUAGUCAGUUAGCUCUCAAAUGUCACAAUGAGUGCGAUAUUAGUCGACUUCAGAGACGUGUGCAUGGAAAGUAUUAUUGAAUAGGUACGGAAUGCCGACACUCAUCACAUGGCUGCAAUAGCCAAAAAAGCAUUUUGCGAACUAGCAUGUUACUUUGACCGUUCAACUGGAAACUAGCUAGCUAGCUAGCAUAACAGUAGUAGUGUCAUCUUUUUGCUAGCUAACGUUAGUUCUUUUUUUGACACCAACAAGAUGCAUAGGAGAGGAGUAGGUGCGGGAGCUAUCGCCAAAAAGAAGCUUGCAGAGGUCAAGUAUAAAGAGAGGGGGACAGUUCUAGCUGAGGAUCAAAUUGUUCAGAUGUCAAAACAGCUGGAGACCUUCAAAUCUAACCUUGAGGAAUUUUCCAGCAAGCACAAACAAGAGAUCCGUAAGAGUUCCCAGUUCCGGGUCCAGUUCCAGGAGAUGUGUGCCACCAUUGGAGUCGACCCACUUGCCUCUGGCAAAGGCUUUUGGUCAGAGAUCCUUGGUGUGGGUGACUUCUAUUACGAGCUGGGUGUGCAGAUCAUUGAAGUUUGCCUGGCCCCGAAACACAGAAAUGGAGGACUUAUUACCCUGGAUGAGCUCAAUCACAGAGUGUUGAAGGGAAGGGGGAAAUUUGCUCAGGAUGUGAGCCAAGAUGACUUGGUGCGGGCCAUAAAGAAGCUGAAAGCCAUGGGGAACGGCCUUGGGAUGAUUCCUGUUGGAGGCUCUUACCUUGUGCAGUCAGUGCCAGCAGAGCUCAACAUGGACCACACUGUGGUACUUCAGCUGGCUGAGGAACACCUGGUGAAAGAGGGCUUGGCAUGGUUGGAUUCCCAAGCUUCUGGAGAGCCACACUAUUGGCUGCCAGCCCUCUUCUCGGAGCUGACUUCCCUUGAUGUCACACCUGAAGAGGCCAAUCAGAUGACGCCUUAAGAAAAAUAGGAUUUUUGGGAAGUCGGGGGACUUUUUGAUGAACAAUGUGUGCAUGUUGCAAAUGUCCUGAAUUGUAAUGUAACUUCAAGGGUAGGUACACAUCAUCUUGCUUCCCAUCAGUGAUUAUGGAGAUGAAAACUAGGUUAAAUGUUAUGUUUUCUGUGGCAGUUGUCAAUCAUGGAUUUGUUAUACAGUUUUGUUCUAUGCAAUGACCUUUUAUUAAAACAGAGUAAUUCUU